GAAUGCAAGUCAAAGAUACUUAAACUGGUUUUCAUAGCAUACAUCAAAGAAGCUAAAAUUGUUAAUCUUUACAACCUCAUUUAGGCAAACGAUGUAUGUGAGUAAAAGAAUGAUUUUAAGCACAACAUAAGGGAGACUAAAUGAGAUGCAUAUUAGUUGCUUUUCUCUCCUUUAACAUAAACACAUUUUAUAUAGUCAUAAAGAAGAUAUAAAUUUGACAACAUUUUACUAUUCUACACAUUGUUACUUUUUAUAAGAAAGAAAGAAAAUUAAAUAAUGUAACUGUGUGUAUUAAAUGUGGGGUAACACAUAUUCUUAUCGAUUUCAUAUGAUUGUGACUGUAAUUUACAACAACGACCUCCUUAUUCUUAUGAACUAUAAAAAAGUAGAUAUUCAAAGUAAGUCAUUAAAUAAUACUAUUUUAUUCUUCUUCUUCUUCCCUGCCCUAGGAGGAAAUUCUUUUUCUCAUGGUUACCACUUAUGUAACGCCUUCUGAAUCAACAAGACACCCUAUCUUGCCCUCCUUGAAUUAGGAGGACAUUGUAGGGUAUCUUGUUGAUUCAGAGGGCGUUACAUAUUGUGAUAGCUAUGGGUUUUUUCUAACCUCCUAGUAAAAAUAAAAAAUACAAGAACAAAGAAGGU